AUGCUUUUUUACUCUACAGGUGGUAAAACAUUCGACCGGUCGAACACCCACGACUCAAUAAGCACCAAAAGCUACGAUGCCGUUAAAACGUCAUUCGAGAACGAAAGCGAGUCAGAACUAGACCAUGACAACGACGAUGACGACAACUUCAGUAGGAGAAGCGAUACCUGGGACGAUCCCAUGCAGACCCACACCUUACACCCUGACUUCGAUGUGUCCGUCAAACAUCUGGAGCAGCUGUUUAACGUUUUGGAUACCAACGGGGACGGUGAACUCACCUACGCCCAGAUGAAGCUGGGCUUUGAGAGCAUGAACGCGUUCCCGGACCUCGAAACCGAGCAGCUGGAUAAGCUCAUAGUCGAAAUCGACACCGACAACAGCGGCACCGUGUCUCUGACCGAGUUUGUGGUCAGCAUGCACGAGUACGCCGCCCUGGCUCUGGGCGACGAGGCGGUGUUUGUGGUGUUUGUGCAUGACUACGGCCCCAGCUACUAUAAACGUACGCACGUGUCCUCAGACCUGCGCCCGGCCAGUCCCAAUACGGACAACGGGUCGGUAGCCUCGUACGCCAUGAGCUCGGCUCCCCCCACCGGCUUACCUACACACAUCGGUACCUACUCGUCGGCCAAGACCCAGUUCCAAGGGGCCGGCGGGCCUUCCGCGGCCUACAACAACUACAGCACCCAACAGUCGGAGAUGCUGCUGCGUGUGGCCAGCCGGGUCAACAUCCCCAUCAACGGCAACAUAGCCAACUCCCCCCGCUCCCGGGCUUCAACCGGCACUAGCACACACUCAUCCUCUGCAAGUGUUAAUGAUAUCAAGUCAGACUCGUUCGAUAGGCUUACGGUGGCGCCUGCGUCGGCGUCGCAGAUGACACUGCAUCACUUCCUGUCCAAAGGUAUUCCCAAGAACGCCCAGACGGCCGUGAGGUGGGUCAGUCUGGCCGGGCGUAAUGCGUCUGUGUUUGUGCGGAUGGCGAAUAAGUUUGGGCUGCACCCGCUGGCGAUCACAGACGUUCUAGAGGAUCGACAACGAGCGAAACUCGAAGUGUAUGCCAACGGAGACUUACAGAUUAUGUUGGGCGUCAUCUCCAUGAAGGAGGGCAGGAACGAUAGGGUUCUCCUUAGACAUAUCAAUAUCUUUUUAAUCAACCAGGACACCGUGUUCACGGUCGAGAAUGUGGCCAGUGACUUCAUGCCUGAACUAAUGAACCGAGUCAAGUACAGUGGCUCUAAACUACGCCUCAACGACGCACGCUACCUUGUGCAUGCUUUGAUCGACAGCUCUGUAGACCAACUGGUCCCCAUAAUCAAACUGUUCAGCCGAGACCUGAACUUCCUCUACAAAGUACUGCAUGGGU